AAUUCCGAAAAAAACAAAAGAAGUUAUCUUCGAAAUCUAGAAAUAAAGGCCAAAAAGUGCGAAAAAUGAAAGGACAGAAAGUAAUGUUUAAAAAGAAAAAGAUGAAAAAAUUAUUAAAUGUAUAUAAAAUUAAAUGCCUUAAAUGAAAAAUCCUCCUUAAAUGUAAAAACCUGUAAAAAAUAAAGAGUUGAGUUAAAAAAUUAUUGAUGAAAUGGUUAUUUAAAAUAAUUUAAUUUAUAAAAUGUAAAAGUAAAUUGAAGAAGGUAGCAAAAAAGAAAAAUAAGAAUAAGAAAAAUUACGAAAAGAAAACAUUAAAUAACGUUUUGAGUAUUUGAAACUUUUACAUAGAAAAAAAUAUCUAAAAAGAUGAAAGUAAGAACAAAAAUGUUCAUUAAUAUAAUUGGGGUGUAGAUUAGUAACGUUUGAAUGAAAAAAGCUUGAAAAAUUUUAGCUAAUCUGCACAUAAAUCUAAAAGGAAAGAUCGUUUUUGCUAUUUGAAUAAUUUCUUUGGAGAAAAUGAAGAGAAAGUGGAAGGAAUAUUGCGUAAAAGGAAGAAUGAAUUUAAAGAAAUAAUAAAAUAAAAAAGAAAAAUAUAAUAUAGUUUUUAAAAAAAAAUGAAAAGGAAAAAUAAAAAUUAUGGAAAAUAUCAACUGGUGUGCAUGAUUUUUAAGAACAAAAAUAGAAUUCUGAAAAAAAAUAUUUUGAAAAAAAAAAAAACUUUCCGAAAAGAACAAUCAUUCGAAUUCUUAAAUGCAAAAUAUACUGAGAGAAGAAAAAAUAUUAUAAAGAGAAAAAGAGGCAAAAAAAAGGGAAUUAUAAAAAAAAAAAAAAAAAAAAUAAGAAAAAGAAGCUUUGAAAAUAAGCCUCCUUAUUUUGAAAGAAAAAUAGAUAGAACAAUUAAAAAAAUCAAAAAAAUUAAAUUUUUAAAAUUAAAAGGAAAUGAAUUUUGAUUUUUCAUCGAAUAAUAAUAGUAAUGAAAAUAAUUAAUCUUAAAUAGAAAAAUAGGUUUAUAAAAGAAUUUAUUUAACUUUGUUUAAGUAGUUGAUUAGAAAGCUUGUCUAAAAAAAAAGAUAAAAGUAAGAAUAAGAGUAUAUAUAAAGAAAAAAUUAAUUAUAGGAAAAUAAAAAUUAAAAAUAAAUAAAAAACGGAGAAAUUAAUCAAUAAUAAUACGAAGUAUUGAAAAAAAAGAAUGAACAAAAAUAAAAAUAAGUCCAAAAUAUUGUCAAUAAAAUGGAUAUUAAAUCCAUCUAAUGUAAAGAGAUUUCUUUAGAUGAUAAUGAUAAGAAAAUUUUACAAAUGAAAUAAAAUAAAGAACUUCUUUAAUAAUAAUUACCUGAAGAAUUCAUUGAAAAAAUAUUUUAAACAGCAGAAUUGGAAGAUUUGCCAAAAACAAUAAUAAAAGAAAUGCAUUAAGAUGAACCUUAUUAUAACCCAGAAAAAAAAAGAAGCGAAUAAUAUAAAAAAACAGAAAGAGAAAUUCUAAAUUAAAUUUACAAAAAUAAUGAAAAACCUGUCAAAACAUAUUUUUUGGAAAGUAAACAUGGAAAUUCAAUCGAAAAAAAUAAAAAAAAAUAAAAAGAUACUAAAUGGAAAGAAAUUAAAGAAAUACAAUAAUAAGUUCCGAAGCCAAAUAAAAAAAAGAGCCCUUAAUAAAAGCCUCCUUUAGAAAUAAAAGAAAAAAAUUAAAAAAAUUAGAAAUUAAAAUAAUAAUACCUUAAUGAAUAUUCUAAAAUUUAAUUUGAAUAAGAAUAGUCUUAGGAAAAAGAUAAAAAAGAUAUUU